CCAUGCUAUGAUUAAAUUAAAAUACUGUAAUAUGCAGAAGUGGGAAGUAACAAGUAAUUUUCCAAUUUGCAUAAUGAGUACUUUCAUGUAUGUUUUGAUGCUCAGACUUUUCUACUUUUACUUGAGUAACAUUUUGAAUGCUGGACUUUUACUGUAACAGAGUAUUCCUACACUCUGCUACUCCUACUUUUACUUGAGUACAACAUCUGAGUACUUCUCCCACCCCUGGUAAUAGGUUUAUGUGUAAUACUUUCCCCUAAUAAAUACAUUUAAGAUAUAAUCCUAAAAAAGUACAUUCAAUAUAUAUUUAUGAUUCUACUACUCAAAGUAACUGAUGCUUUUCCGAACCCUACGUCUCUUCUUUUUUGUUUUGAUGUUCUGUUGAUUAAGUGACCUAAAUUGCGUGUGUGUGUGUGUGUGUGUGUGCGUGUGUGUGUCGCAGCAUGACAUGCAGUACGUGUUGGCAUUAGCAGUGUGUAGAAGAUUAGGCAGCACUCAGAGCUUAGUUCACUUGUUACUUACCGCCCUCUGCUCCUUCCCUCUGCAGUCUGUGAACGCAGCUCUACUGGGACAGCUUUUAAUGGCUGCUGACUUCACAGGAAUAAUGUUGGCCAGCAAUAUGACUUAGAAUCCCAUCCAUCCACAGUGUUUCUACAGGAACCAAUAGCAUCUCGACCACCAUGAGGUUGUUUCCGCUGUUGCUGCUGCUGCUGCUGCUGUUCGGGGUCUUCCAAAGAACCGCUUCUCAGUUUCCUGGGUGGAUUGGUGAGAUGGAAGGUAGUGGUGAGACAGUAUGGAUUUCCCAACCAGAUUUUAUAGACAACAUCUAUUGGGCCGGGUCAGCGCCCCUUUGUUUAGGAGGCUGUAAGGCUCAACACACGGAGCUGAGGAAGGACCGAUGUGGAGACUCGAGCUGCUGCUGGCUCGGCUACAAGUCCCUGUGCAGAGUGAACUGUGGCAGGCCCGAUGUGGACUAUAACGGACAGGUGUAUGGUAACGACUGGUGGGUGGGCUCUGUGGUGAGGUACACCUGUCGCUCCGGCUUCAUGCUGGUGGGAAACCCGACCAGAGCCUGCCAGUCUAACGGCCUCUGGACCCCGAGACCUACCUGCCUCAGAAUGUGUCAGCAGGGACGCGUUGAGGUCAGUGAGAGGGAACUGAACGGGACGUGUAACUCCACCUGUGAGAACAAGAGCUACUUCGGCCCGCCAAAACUGGGCUGCAGUCGCUUAGACAACUGCAAGGGCAAAGAGACCGGCUGGAAGCGGUUCUUUGCACAGUGUGUCCCUUGCAUAUGUGACUGUGCUUUGUCAUGUGGUGAGUUGCUUCCCCGCCACACUGUCAACCAUCAAGGAUGAACUAUUGUAAAAUUUGACCGUGUUGCAAUGUUGUCUCACUGCCAAUACACUUCCAUGUGGUUAAUUAUUGCUUAGAAUAUGUUCACAAAGACAGCUUGUACGCUGCAGAGCCACGCUAUGUUUUCGCUGCUGCAUCUAAGUGUGUGGACACAUCAGAUGAUGGAAAUCUGCAUCUUUUGAGACAUGACUUUUUUAUCUCUCUGGCACACGGAAGCUAAAGAUUUCAUCCUGGUUUAUAUUUAAGGAUUUUACACCGUGAGGUUCAAAUCCCUCCGUGUCAGGAAUUAUUAGCAAAGUCGAACUGCUAAAUUCAGUCGAUCUGUGUCUUGUAACGUCAUGAAAAGAAAGCCUCUGAGACGCUGUGUCAGACUUGGGUCAAAUAUUUAUUUGAAAUACAAUAAAAUAUUAUCUUAAAUAAAAAGUUUAACCAAGAGA